GUCAUAACAACGCGUGCACGCUUUUUAAACUAUAUAAUGACAUGAUUGAAAAUGCCUUUCUCGCCGCUUGAACUGCUUGAUGAAGACUAUUCAGAGCUUUUUCCAGCAACAGCUGUGAAGUCAAAUGAGAAAGUCGACAGAAAAGAAGGAAAAGUCAAUUCACAUGAAGAGAAUGUUCCUCAAAUUCAUGUAACUGACAAACUAUUUUCCGAUAACUGGAGUUAUAAAGAGGGAUCAAACAUUUCCUCGCCGGUUGUUCAAAUGACUUCUGGAGAUGGAAAUGAACAACUGAGUUCUCCAGAUGAUUCAAAGACGAGUGAAAAUAACCAAAUAUCCGACGAUGAAUAUCUAAAGGCGGAAUGUUUUGGAAUAGAAAAUAGUGACAAGAAGCUAAGUGAGAAGAGUGAAAAACCAGACAGUAAUUCACAACGUAAAUUAUUUCAUCGGACAAAUGAAACAAGUGUUGCACCGACAAGUAAUAAUAAUCUGAAAGAUAGUAGCAUUACAUUCAAUGAAACUAAAGAAAAGGAAAAUGAUAAAGCAAGACUGUCAGACGAUAUAGAACCUGUUAUAAAACCCACUAUACGCACUAGAAGACAUAUUCUUAGUUCAAACCAACCAACAACUUAUAAUAUUACUUUGACUGAUCAAAAUGAUCAAUCACUUGGUAAUACAUUGGUGAUUACUUCGAAAGAACAACAAAAUAUAAUUAAUAAUAAUAAUAAUACACAAACUACUGAUAUAAUUAUAAAAUCAACUUGUCAAUCAAAUGAUAGUCUAAAAUCAUCACCAAGAUUAUCAUCAAUUAAACGAUCAAAUAGUUUAUAUCAUUUAACUAAUCAAAAAGCAUCCAACAAAUCUGCACAUCAUAAAUAUCAAAAUAAUAAUAAUAAUGAAUAUCCAUUGAAUGCAGUUGUUCUACGUGAUUUAGCUUAUCAAUCUUGGAGAAAUCGUUUAGUUAAAAGUGCACGUAUUGAACGUAUAUCAAAUUUACGUAAUGAAAUUGAUGAAACAAAAAAGGAGAAAGAGUUGAGAUCAUGAUUCAAUUGAAGCUAGACCACUACCAUGAAAAACCUGGAAGCACUCGAUGGGCAACUCGUCCUAUUGUGGGACUCCUCGUCAGUGCGCAUCCACGACCCCGUCUCGCGGGAUUUGAACAUAGGACCUAUCAG